ACAGGAAGGUCACACCAUCCCCCACUAUCAUCAGGGUGAAGAUCUGAUGAUCAUGAAAACUGAGUGUGACGUAGAAGAGACGUAUGUGAGGGAUGAUCAGCAAUAUACGGAGGAGGCUGGAAUGACGAGGACAUUCAUAGAGGAGGACACUCCUACAGAGAUCAGCACAGGACACGCCAUGGAGAAACCCUCAAAGGAUCGUCUCACUUUAUCUCCAGGUUGUAAAAUGGAAGACGAGGACAUCACAGGAGAUUGUGGUGGAGAAAAGACAAUGAGCUCCACUAUGGAUGGAGGACUUCACAGUGUGGAUAGACCAUGGAAUCCCUCUGACUCUGAGCAACCUCGUACUGUGAAGGGUGGGGCCGGAAUUCAGGGGGAGAAGACAUUUUCCUGUCCCGAAUGUGGUGAAAAUUUUAACUUUAUAUUAAAUCUUACCGCACAUCAGGAACCUCACACAGGUGAGACACUUCUACCCUGUUCCGAGUGCGGGAAAUGUUUUUUUUUUAAAUCGGAACUCAUCAUACAUUAUAAAUCUCACACAGCGGAGAGGCCCUAUUCUUGUCCUGAGUGCGAGAAACGUUUCUCACAGAAAUCACACCUUGUUAUACAUCUAAGAUCUCACACGGGGGAGAGCCCGUAUUCUUGCAAUUAGUGCGGGAAAUGUUUUUCACAGAAAUCGCACCUCGUUAUACAUCAGAGAUCUCACACAGGGGAGAGCCCAUAUUCUUGCCCCGAGUGCGGGAGAUUUUUUUCGCAGAAGUCCCAUCUUUCCAGACAUCAGCGAUUUCACACAGGAGAGAAGCCGUAUUCCUGCCAUGAGUGCGGGAAAUGUUAUGCACAAAAAUCAGACCUAGUUGUACAUCAGAGAUCUCACACGGGGGAGAGACCGUAUUCCUGCCCUGAAUGCGGGAAAUCUUUUUCGGUCAAGGCCAAGCUUUCUAGACACCAGAUAUUGCACACAGGCAAGAAGCCGUAUUCCUGCUCUGAGUGUGGGAGGUGUUUUUCACAGAAGGCCCAUCUUACCAAACAUCAGAGGUCUCACGGGGCUGAUAAGCGGUAUUUUUGAAAUUCAUCGAGGAACACUAACAUUUUUAAAUACAGUGAAACCUCGGAUUGCAAGUAACGCGGUUAACGAGCAUUUCGCAAUACGA